GGAGCUGUGAUUGGUAUAGAUGAUGAAGACGACAGCACCUUCACAAUAACUGUUGAUCAGAAAACCUUCCAUUUCCAGGCUCGAGAUGCUGAUGAAAGAGAGAAAUGGAUUCAUGCUUUAGAGGAAACCAUUCUUCGUCAUACUCUUCAGCUCCAGGGUGUGGAGUCUGGAUUUGUUCCAAGUGUCCAAGAUUUUGAUAAAAAACUUACAGAAGCUGAUGCUUACUUACAAAUUUUGAUAGACCAAUUGAAGCUUUUUGAUGAAAAACUUCAGAACUGCAGAGAUGAUGAUCAGAGAAAAAAGAUUGAAAACCUCAGAGAAACAACCAGUAGCAUGGUCGAAUCAAUAAAACAUUGUAUUGUCUUGCUGCAGAUUGCUAAAGAUCAGACUAAUGAGGAGAAGCACGCAGAUGGACUUAUAAGCACUAUUAAUCCUGUUGAUGCAAUAUAUCCACCUAGUCUCUUGGAAUCUUCAGUGAAUAGCACAAUGCCUACGCAAACUGUCUUACCUCCAGAAUCAGCUCAACUUUGCAAAUCAGAACAGCGACCAUCAUCCCUGCCUGUUGGACCUGUGGUAGCAUUACUUGGAAAUAAUCAGACUCCAACACCAAAUAGUACAGGAAGUGGACAGUCAGCACCCAGCAGCAGUUUAACUUCUCCAAGCCACGUCAAUCUUUCUCCAAAUACAGUUCCAGACUUUUCUUAUUCUAGUAGUGAAGAUGAAUUUUAUGAUGCUGAUGAAUUCUAUCAGACUAGUUCAUCCCCAAAGAGAUGUUUGGACCCCUCAGGAUCUGGAACAAUUCUAACACGUAGCAACACUGGGAGUAGCAUGAAACGCCCAGAUACAGCAGAGUCCCUCAACUCUUCAGUGUCUAAUGGGACAAAUGAUGCUGAUCUUUUUGAUCCUCAUGAUGACAGAGAUGAUGAUGUUGAAGGGGAGUCAGUGGAAGAACACAAAAGUGUUAUCAUGCACCUAUUAUCGCAAGUUAGGUUAGGAAUGGACCUAACAAAGGUGGUUCUUCCAACUUUUAUUCUGGAAAGAAGGUCACUAUUAGAAAUGUAUGCAGACUUCUUUGCGCAUCCGGAUUUAUUUGUGAGCAUUAGUGACUACAAAGAUCCAAAAGAUCGUAUGAUUCAAGUGGUAAAAUGGUACCUCUCAGCUUUCCAUGCAGGAAGGAAAGGAUCUGUUGCAAAAAAACCUUACAAUCCCAUCUUGGGAGAAACCUUCCGAUGCCAUUGGUUACUGCCAAGUGCUGAACAAGAAGAAAAUACGGAGACAAUUGCAGAUGGACCUCUUCCAUGGGUUUCCCCAAAUAAUGUGACAUUUGUAGCAGAACAAGUUUCUCAUCACCCUCCAAUUUCAGCAUUUUAUGCAGAAUGUUCCAGGAAGAAAAUUCAAUUCAAUGCUCACAUCUGGACCAAAUCAAAGUUCUUGGGAAUGUCUAUUGGUGUUCAUAAUAUAGGCCAGGGGUGUGUAUCAUGCUUAGAUUAUGAUGAACAUUACAUUUUAACCUUCCCCAAUGGCUAUGCAAGAUCUAUUCUCACAGUGCCAUGGAUAGAGCUGGGAGGAGAGUGCAACAUUAGCUGUUCUAAGACAGGCUAUAAUACUAAUAUAAUAUUCCACACAAAACCUUUCUAUGGGGGGAAGAAGCACAAAGUAACAGCAGAAAUAUUUUCACCUAAUGAUAAAAAAUCCAUCUGCUCAAUUGAAGGAGAAUGGAACGGUAUCAUGUAUGCAAAAUAUGCAACAGGGGAGAAUGUAGUCUUUAUAGAUACCAAGAAAAUACCUAUCAUUAAGAAGAAAGUAAGAAAACUAGAAGAUCAAGAAGAGUAUGAAUCCCGCUGCCUAUGGAAAGAUGUAACCUAUAAUUUAAAGAUCAGAGACAUUGAUGCAGCCACUGAAGCUAAGCAUAGGCUCGAGGAAAGGCAAAGAGCUGAAGCCAAAGCCAGGAAAGAGAAAGAGAUUCCAUGGGAAACAAGGCUGUUCCAUGAAGAUGGAGAAUACUGGGUUUAUGAUGAGCCUCUACUCAAGCGACUUGCUGCCAGUAAAUAUUAAGCAGGCCAAGCCUGUGAAGUUCAAGCCUUGACUUAGUGGCACCAAUUGUAAUGUUCAAAGGACUCUUCUUUUGGAGAGCCUGUCUUCUUUUGGAGAGCCUGGCAUUGCAUUACAAACGGUUGGAGAACCACAUAUUGCUUCGCUUCUCCUGUAGAUUAAGAGCAUGGGCCAUAAGCCUAUCGAGGGAAGAAGUAUGCCUUUAAUUUAUAUGUAACAUUCCAGAAUAUUUAAUAUUAUUCUAUUACCACUGUAUAAUUUGGUUGUACAGAAUUGAUAAUGUCCCGAUUUACCAUUUUUUCUCCCUCUUCCCCCCCUUGUUCUAAAAGCAAAGCACUAAGACUGCAGUACAAGAGGAACAGCUUGUAUUUGCCCUAUUUCCAUUUUUUAAGUUCUUGAAACUUAAAAUUAUAUGAGUAGCAGCAGUAUCACUUAUAUGCCAUAUUCCAUGCAACUGAUGUAGAUAAAUGAUUUCUGCCUUAAAAUAUGCAUUUAAAGAAUGCAUUUGAGGUGCGAUGGUACAUUCAACUAUUUUUCCCGAUUUUGCUUUUGUAGGAUUACAAAAACUCUAAUCCCAAUCUCU